AUGAUGCUGAUGCCUUCUCCAUGCUCUCUACAGUCUGAAUUCCUCCAAUCCCCUUCACUCAGUAGCCCAGUUUUCUUCAACAACACCUACAAACUUAGUUACAACAAAUUUCCAAGGCUAAAGUUUGUUUUCAUUCCAGCAGUGUCAUUAUUCACCACAAAAUCCUAUCCUACAGAAACCAGAGGGUUACAAAGUCCAAUUCUUGGUAACAAGGAUUACAAAUUAUGCCCAAAAGAGAGUGAGAAACGUAAGGGCUUGCCCAUCAAAGAAGAAGAACAAGAAAGUCUGGAUUUUGAUAAGAAAGCUAGUAAAUUUAAGGUACAAGAUCUUUUGGAUACAAUUAAAGCAUUACCCUUUAAAGGAGUUGAUCAUAUUGUCAACGUUCUUGAAAAAGAGAGUGGAAUUUUAAACAUCUCAGAGUUCAAUGAUGCUCUCAUGGCUUUGGUCACAGCAGAUGAGCCUGACCUUGUCUUGAGAUUGUACUCUAAUCUAUCAUGUUACAGUUUAGAGCCAGACGCUUGGACAUUUUCAAUCGUGGUCAGGUGCCAUUGCAAGAAAAAGGACCCUAGUGAGGCCAAAAGGGUAUUAGACCAGAUGGUGCAAAAAGGGUUUAAUCCAAAUGUUGCAAUAUUGACCACACUGAUCAAUUCAUUCUGCAAAAUGGGUCAGUUGCGGAACGCCUUUCAAGUGUUUGAGGUCAUGGAUAGAAUUGGGUGCAAACCGAAUGUUCAAACAUAUAAUUGCUUGUUGAAGGGUUUAUGUUAUGUGGGGAGGGUAGAGGAAGCAUUUGAGCUACUGGAGGAUAUCAAGAAAACGACUACAGAACCUGACAUUUAUACAUAUACUGCUAUGAUGGAUGGUUUUUGUAAGGUAGGCAGAUCAGAUGAGGCAAUGGAGUUGCUUAAUGAAGCUUUAGAGAUGGGGUUGACACCAAAUGUGGUCACUUUUAACACACUGUUUGAUGGGUACGCUAAGGAAGGGAGGCCGAUGAAAGGGUUUGGUGUGCUGAAGUUAAUGAAACAGAGAAAUUGCAGGCCUGAUUAUAUUAGCUAUAGCACAUUGCUGCGAGGUUUGUUACUGUGGGGAAAAGUUCUAGCUGGGUUCAGAAUUUUUAAGGAAUUGGAGGGGAAUGGAUUUGAAGUGGAUGAGAAGUUGAUGAAUAGCCUUGUUAGAGGUUUGUGUAGGAAAUCUUUGAAAGAAAAUGCCCCAGUAGAGUUUGCCUAUGAAGUGUUCGAUGAAAUGAAGAAAGGGGGAUUUGACAUAGCGCAGAGCACCUAUGCCUUGGUGAUUCAAGCUCUUUGCGUGGCAAAUAAAGCUGAUGAUGCUUUUAUCAAUUUGCACCAGAUUGUUAGAUCGGGAUAUAUUCCUAGAUUAAUCACCAUUAACAAUGUAAUUCGAGCACUUUGUGUUAGAGGCAACGUCGAGGAGGCAUUUUACGUUCUAGUUCUCAUGUACGAAAAUGGUAAAAUCCCAAGUAGAAUGUCCUAUGACAUACUGAUUCAUGAAUUGAAUCGGCAGGAGAGGACUCUGGGUGCUUGUAAUGUCUACGGUGCAGCAUUGGUUCGGGGUGUGGUUCCGCACAAAAAACCACGAAGAUGA